CAUGACCAGCGUUUUGUUGGGAUUUAUACGUUGGACGACGCCGAGGUAGGAGGAGGUCCUGAGGGUCAGUUUGACGCGCUUUCCCUUGAGGACAUUCAUGAACUGGACGUCGUCCACGACCAUUGUAAAACCACGUAGGACCGACGACUCGAGCAGCUGACAACAACCGCGACGCGGUCGGAAACCUUCCAACGUUUUACCCCCGUUGUGUGGAGACUGGGAGGAGACUAACAAAGAUGCGAUGGUCUCGCAAAGUGUCUGCUGCAACCCUCAUUCCUUGAAAAUCCAUCCAAAAUAGAGCUCAGUCCUGCGCCCCGCACCAGUGAUAAGAAGCAGCACACUUCUUACGAGACUUGCAGGAAACAUCUUCUCUGGAGCACCUAUACAUGUAUGGGAGAGACUUUCCCUGCCCCAAAAGCAGCCCCUCCGACCAAAGUCUGAGCCUGCCAGGAACCCCACCGCUCUCUGCUGUGAGUGACAAGCCUGGCGGCACGGCCGCCCACUCGCACAAGAGCUCGAUCUUUAAUCGUGUAACGACCGUCGACGAGUCCGCGCAGCGCUGCCGAGAGCGCGGAGGCGCGCAGAGCCGAGGCGAGCCGAGCCGAGCCGAGCAGGGCGAUGAGAUGCUCCCGUCGAGGAGGACACAGAUGGACAGCCUCGUGCAGCCGCUCGUCGCCCAGUACCUCGCCAUGGGAUGUCAGUCGAAAGAAAACCACCAAAGCGAAAGUACGUGUGCGGACGAGAAGGGGAAGGACGACGCUAGUGUGACUCCAAGAUGCAGCUCCAGGGCCAGAGUUUCUCCUCCGGGCCGUCCACACAGGUUCCACAAACCCAGCCCGACCCAGACCGCCCCAGCUAAGUGCAUGAUGUCCCUGGGACACCUCACCAAGGGGGCAAGCUGGGAGGGGCUCAUCCAGGCCUGUCUGCAGGCCUUCGACCCGGACGGUGGUGUAUGUGGGAGCAGCCACUUGUUGAACAUCACCCUGACCAUGCACCGCCUCCUCAUCUCCUCCAGUGAGCUGCUGGACAAACUCAUCACUCUAUUCAAAACAGCACUGGACAAUGAGCAGCCAGCAGAGUGCCAAAGGAUAUGCUACCUCAUCCGGCAUUGGAUCCAGGAAUUCUGGAUGAUGUUCCGGUUGCACCACAGCUUGUCAGACAGCCUGGACCAGUUCCGGGAGCUGAUCAGAGAACAGGGACAGGAGCAUCUCUGCUCUCUCCUAGAGACCAAAUGGAUAAAUGAACGGGACUGGUCGUGGAAGGCCAGCCAGAAGAUCAAAGCUAACUGCAGUAAAAAGAGGAAGGUUUCCCUUCUUUUUGAUCACCUGGAGCCCAUUGAGCUGGCCGAGCAUCUCACCUACCUAGAGUUUAAAUCUUUUUGCAGGAUAUCAUUUGCAGACUAUCAGAAUUACAUUCGCAGCUGCUGCAUGAAGGACAUCCCCGUGAUGGAACGUUCCAUUUCCCUGUGCAAUGGUAUCUCCCAGUGGGUUCAGCUGAUGGUGCUGAGCCGGCCGACUGCUCAGCUGAGAGCUGAGGUUUUCACCAAGUUUAUCCACGUUGCACAGAGUCUACACCUUAUGCACAACUACAACACACUAAUGGCAGUGGUAGGAGGCCUUUGUCACAGCUCGAUCUCCAGACUGAAAGACACCACAUCGCACGUACCUAAUGAGGUCACCAAGGUACUGAACGAGAUGACGGACCUGCUGUCCUCAUGCAGAAACUAUGACAAUUAUAGACAAGCAUACAGCAGGUGUACAGGUUUCAAAAUCCCCAUCCUGGGCGUCCACCUCAAAGACCUGAUCUCCGUCAAUGAGGCCAUGUCCGACUACGUGGAGGACAACAAGGUCAAUGUCCAGAAGCUCCAGGCACUCUACAGCCACAUCAACGAGCUGAUCCAGCUCCAGCAGAUCCCACCCAGGCUGGACGCUAACAAGGACCUGGUCCAUCUGUUGACGCUGUCCUUGGACCUUUACUACACCGAGGAUGAGAUCUAUGAACUGUCCUACACCAGGGAACCCAAGAACUGCAAAGCACCUCCAGCCACCCCCUUUAGACCUCCAGUGGUUGUGGAGUGGGCCUCAGGAGUCGCUCCCAAACCCGACCCCCGAACCAUCAGCAGACACGUGCAGAGGAUGGUGGACUCCGUGUUUAAAAACUACGACCACGGCGAGAACGGCUUCAUUUCUCAAGAGGACUUUGAGAACAUCGCCGCUAGCUUUCCUUUUUCCUUCUGUGUCAUGGACAAAGAGAAGGAAGGCCUCGUCAGCAGAGAGGAGAUCACAGCCUAUUUCAUGCGGGCAAGUGUCAUCUGCUCCAAACUGGGGCUUGGGUUUGUUCACAACUUCCAGGAGACAACUUACAUGAAACCCACCUUCUGUGACAACUGCUCAGGAUUUUUGUGGGGUGUCAUCAAGCAAGGCUACAGAUGCAAAGACUGUGGGAUGAACUGCCACAAGCUGUGCAAGGACCAGGUGCCGUUUGAGUGCAAGAAGAACACCAGAGCGGCCAACGCCACUGACAGUCCGACUCCGACACCAAGCUCCACGCCCGUCACCAUGGGCAGCUCAGAGGGUUCAGAGGAAUGUCCCUUCCCCUAUCCACCAGACGACAGCAGAGAAUGGAGCCCCGACUCCCCAGUCACCUCCAGUUUGAGGCCCCAGAAGGUCCAUAGUGGGACCCAGACAGAGGGACCCCAGUUAUUCACCGCGGCCCCCGAAGCCGGUUGCCUGCAGCCUGCUCUGUUUGUACCAGCAACACCCAUUCUCACCUCGUGCCCCAGCCCGGUGCCCCAGAGGAAACAGCGACACUGUGCCAAGUGGGAAAACAGAGCUUCUGUCGUGCAAAACCCCAGAGACCCAGACGAAGAGAGCAAACCCACCUAUGAAUCUCUGGAAUCAGACAACCAGCGGCUGCAGAAAACCAACGAGACACUACGUAGGAAGCUGAAGGAGACAGAGCGGGAGGUGGAGAUCUUAAAGACACUGCUGAAGAGGCACGCUCUGCACUCUGUGGAGGAGGACUCUUCAUCCUAGACUCGUGCAUACAGUAUGGUGAGCCUUCUCCAGGGAGACUGCUGCUGCCCCCUUAUGGUUCAAUAUUUAACUUAUUGGUCAUGAACAGUGCAAGUAAUCUAUCAGUGUAAUGAGACCCAGGCAAGUAGACAUCAGGUGGUGUGAACUGGGAUACAAUGCAAAUAGCCUAGUGUUUUAAUGCUGUAAUGGUUCACAGCCAGUAAGUGUGUCAACAGUAAUGAGGGUAAGGAUUUUUUUUAAAGUGUAUGUAUGGAUUCCUUUACAGUACACUGUGCAGUGAAAAAAGUUUACCAAUUUGAUAUGAACAUAAAAAACACAUCAAAGAUACUUCACUGUAUUAAGAUGCUAAAAAGGCUGCAGUGUUAUAUUUAAAGAAGUGAUCAAGAGGACAGUGUACAGUUUUACUGAAAAAUGUCAACGAGCAUUACUCCCAUGUACUGCUGAACCUUUCGAGAAGUUGCAGCCGGAAUGAAGUUUCCUGUUUUUAAAAGUAUGUUUAAAAAAAAAAAAAACAUUUAGGGAAGGAGUGAAGUAUUUUAUCGUAAAAAAAAAUACG